GUUGCACUCUCCUCAGCUUACUCACUUUUCAGCAUCUGUCCCCUCCGCGACCUCCGGCUUUCUCAGCCAACUCACCUUUCCUUCCGCCUUUUAACUCGAACAAUUUGACGGUGGCGGAAGACUCGUAUCUUUCACCUGCAAUAUCUGCUAUUUCAGUCAUAUCCUCCGUGCCCUCGUCCCCGAUUGUCUUCUGCUUCGAAUAGCAAGUCUUAGAGCGGUCCAUUAAUCCUUAUAUCACGAGGAUGUCCGAUUCAGACUCUACCCUAUCCCCCGAACCUCAGCGCACAAUUAAAAUAAUCUUCAUCUCGGAUUAUCUCUGCGCCUUUUGCUACAUCGGGAAUAAGUCUCUCAAAGACGCUAUUGCCGGAUGUCGUGACUUGGAUGUACGUUUCGACGUGGAAUUCCGGCCAUUUACCCUCCUCUGCCCAUCAUCCGCACCCGAGGUUCCCAAAGCGAAAGGUGAAAAAGUGCCCAAUCGCCGGGAAUACCUCGUUAGGAAGUUCGGUAAAGAGCAAGCGGAAAGCAAGUGGAAAGUGGUGGAGGAAUUAGCACAAAAAGCUGGGUUACCACUUGCGGAAGACGGAAUCGUGGCCCGGUCUACUCUCGCCCACAGACUGGCUGUGAAAGCAUAUAAAGUCGGCGGGCAAGCUAUGCAAGGCCACCUCAACGAUAUUUUAUUCGAUGCCAUUUUCGCCGGCUGCCAGGACGUUAGUGACGUCGAGUUUCUUGCCGAUGCAGCAGAGAAAAUUGGCUUGAUGAACAAGGCAGAGGCUACUACUUUCUUACAAGAUACUGAUUGCAAGAACUGCGUCAAUCAAAUGAUCGAAGCCGCUCGGGCGAGCGGUGUGAACGGCGUGCCUUCCAUCAUCAUCGAUGGAAAAUGGGCUUUGAAUGGCGUUCAAUCUACGGAGUGUUACCUUCAGAUCUUGCGCAAAAUUGCACAAUCUUCGUCGAUGACGGAAUGUGCAUCGAUCGUCUCAGUGGCAUCAUAACAGAUUUUACGCAUAUUUCUUUCACUCUCCUCUACCCAUACCGUGCUUUAUGACCUCAAUUCAUGCGUGCAGGUCGUGGUCAUCACUUUGGAUUAAUUAUUUAAGGACCACUCACGCAACCUCGCGUAGGAAAUUCAGUCUGAAAGGGCCUGUUGCAUUUCGUACUUUUUCUCUUGCUCUUUGUACCAUUUUCUGCGUGUUGUAUCGCAUCGCAGUUUUUAUUAGCGAGCGUGUGUUUGUAUCUUUCUUCUAUGCUAUGCUAUCUGCUACUUUACCUUGUUAGUCCCGUUUUUAAAGUGGCCACCAUGAGGGAGAGGUAGGGAAUAUAGCAUUUGACCUUCUCUGUUCCAUUUGACACGAGGAUAACCCUCUUCAAUCUUCACCCAUCUCGCGAAGUUCGACAGUCGGUUCACCGAUCUUGCCGAGCUUUACAUACCCCUGUACUGAUCAGAUUCGCUACCAUGCUACGUCAACACAGUCACCUUAUUCGGCCUUA